AUGGCUCUCCUUAAAAAUUUAAACGCUGGCUUUAUAUUUUUGUGUUUUCUAUGUGUAGAAUUAGUUUCAGGAAUCCCUUGUCCAAGAUCGUGCCGCUGUCAUCAUAAAUCUAUUGACUGUAGUUUUAGAAAUCUCUUCCAUGUUCCUAAAGAUCUUCCAAAGGAUACCGAAAAAUUGGAUCUACAAGGAAACAAUAUCACUAUUAUUCGUCGAUCAGACUUUCAGGGAAUGAAGCAACUUAGGAUCUUACAAUUAUUGGAUAAUCAGAUUUAUUCUAUCGAAAAAGGAUCUUUUAAUGAUUUAGUUUCAAUGAUGAGAGUGUGA